GGCUUGUGGUUUGCGCGCGGGGAAGCAGCCUUUCCCCGCGCGGCCCCUCCGCCUUCCUCCCGGACUCCGUUUCCCGGCAGCCCUCGGGAAGCGCCUCCGCCGGCCCCCCUCCCGCCCUCGGCUGAGCCCCGCCAUCCCCCCCUUUUCGGCGGAGACAUUUGCGAAGCCUUUUUCCAAGAUGGCGGCCUGGGGAAGGAGGCGCGCGGGGCCCAGCAGCUCCAGCGGCGGCGCCGCGAGGGAGAGGGUCUCCUUGUCUGCCACGGACUGUUACAUCGUUCACGAAAUCUACAACGGGGAGAACGCUCAGGACCAGUUUGAGUACGAGCUGGAACAAGCCUUGGAAGCGCAGUACAAGUACAUCGUGAUCGAGCCAACGCGCAUUGGGGACGAGACGGCCCGCUGGAUCACAGUUGGGAACUGUCUGCACAAGACGGCGGUGCUGGCGGGCACGGCCUGCCUCUUCACCCCUCUGGCCCUCCCCGUGGAUUAUUCCCACUACAUCUCCCUGCCGGCCGGCGUGCUGAGCGUCGCCUGCUGCACCCUCUAUGGGAUCUCCUGGCAGUUCGACCCCUGCUGCAAGUAUCAGGUGGAGUACAACACCCAUAAACUCUCCCGCCUGCCCUUGCACACGCUGACCACGUCCACCCCGGUCGUGCUAGUGAGGAAGGACGACCUGCACAGGAAGAGACUGCACAACACAGUGGCCCUGGCUGCCCUGGUGUACUGUGUAAAGAAGGUGUAUGAACUCUACGUGGUAUGAUUGCAGCCGCGACAGGGGGAACCCGCCGAGACAAAUAAGGUGUAUUAAAGACUCCUACAGGAACAUUCGACUACUUUCUUCCUCUUGAAGUGGUGCCUGGAAAGCCAUUUGGUUUACCCAAUUAUUAUUAUUUUUUUGGUUAUUUUUGAAAGAAACAAUCACAUCACGGGUGCAUCGAGGGAACUUUGUUAUUUUUUACGCCUCAGACGGGGAUCUGCAGUGGAGUGGAACAGUACGAGCGCUGGAGACAGUGAUGGAACCUCAGUGAAAGAAAAGGAUACACGGGAGGGGGCGGGUGGAUUUUGCCCCCCACCCCUUGGGAAAAACCUUAAGUAUGUUGUUUAAUUGUAUUCUACAGAACCAGCUCAAAGCUAUCACUGACCAUUCAUUAAAGGAUGAGAAUUUCAA